UUUGUCAUACGAGUUCAUUUAAGGACGAUGCAAGCACAAAUUUGAUCAGAAAUGAACGAAUUUGAUCAUUGUACGUAGACUUUGCAGUAUCACCUCUUUGACCAGGUCAGAUUUAUUGUAGCAACGGCCCCUAGCAACGCACGGGACCCAUGGAGACUGCAGUGUCUGAGUGAAGGAAUGCAAAUCUACAACAGUCGAUAACACAUAGACAACAACAAGAAAUCCAGAAAACAAAACACAGCUGGUGGUUUAUGAAUUUCAAGGAUUGACUUCACAUCGUUGCUUUAAGGUGAAAAUGGGAUGCAUGAACUCCACGAUCACCGCGGUCCAAACGCUGACAGUGAAUGGAGACGAGGAUGACACAGGAAGUAAGGUCAGCGGUCGUGGAGACUCAGCUGUGUCAAAGGGCACAGCAGACAGCGGGGUGGUGAUGGAGAACAGAGAAAUACCUGGUGACAUACCUGGAGCAGUGCCCCGAACACUCCCUCUUCUAACAUCAGAGAGCAUCAGAGAAAACGUACUUCUGUGGGAUAAUGAAAUAACUGAACGCCAGAAGUCCCACAAGAUCCUGGAGGAACUGCUGAAUCAGGGCAUCAUCCCAAAGGAACAGCACAGAGAAAAGAGCAGCAGGGUUGGAGAAGCUUACAGCAUCAUGCUGGACGACAAUGAAGGUGCCUGGCGCAGGCCUCCUGCCAGACUGGAGUCUCUGAAGGUGAAGAAAGCUCAGAAGCUACACACCAGAGAAGAGUUUGAAGAGAAGAUCCGGCUGGCUGAAGAGAGACGCAAGUUAAAAGAAGAUAAGCUCAAGAUGCGUUUAAGGAGCAAGUCUGCACGUGUCCGUGUCCCCGCCAUCAUCUCCAGCACCGAGAAAGACAAAGACAUGUCCAUCACCCCUGUGGAGACGCUAGCGGCACCACAUCCCAGCCAGGUGAUGCGUGAGGCUGCAGAGGGAGGAGAGUGGGUGAGAGAGGAUGGAGAUGGCAAAAGGGAGUGCGAGGAAGAGGCGAAGAAGGCAGGGAAGAGAGAAAGGAGAGAGGAGGGAGGAGAUCACCGAGGGGAGGGUGCAGAGAGGGAAGUUGAGAGUAGAGAAAAGGAAGAAGAAGAAGAGAUGACCCAGGUGCAAGAGUUCACAGCCUCAGGGGAGCUGGAGUGUGAUUCUAGCUUCCAACAUGCAGAUGACAAAGAAGAAGUAUUUUAAACUAUUGCACAAAUCAGCCAUCAAUCAGCACAAGGGGGUACGGGAAGAGAAACUAAGCCAAAAAUACAUUCAUUUUGCACAGUUGAGAGUUGUUUAAGCUUGUAAAAUAAAUGUAUUAGCAAUGUGUACAAUGUAUAUUUAAUGUGUGACUGAACUUAAUGUUGAAGCUGUGAAGGUUUGCAGAAGAAAAACAUGAAAGCACAUUGGAACAUGAGGGUUUUCCAUUAAAUUCAACGCAUUUUACCUCACUGAACACUUUAAUAAAGAUUAAUUGAUGCACUUCA